AUCUCGUGUCCUCUCUCUCUCUUUCUCUUCCAACCUCAGAAACAAAACAAAGAACAAAACACAAAGAAGAGAGCAAUGGCAGCUUAUGGAAGUUUUCAUCAAAUAUUCGAGAUCCAAAGACAAGACAAAGCUCCAAAGUCACUUCUUGAUACUUUGAUCUCCUCUUCUUCACCUUGGAACCCACUCCCAAUCAAAGGGCUCCACGUCACCGACCACACCGAAACGCCUCCCUUUACUGAGAUAUUCGGUGAGCUCCAUUUCAGGGAAUCAUCUCAUUCUUCUUACGAGAAAGCCUCAGGCGAGAACAGCAGCUUGCAGCUAUGUACGGAAGGUCUAGGGUCAGAGAGUUACUACGACUUGGAAGACGGGAAAGUCAACUCUAACGGUAACGGAGAAGAAGAUGGUGAUGAUCAUGAGAUUGAAGUGAUGAAGGGUAAAGGCAGUGAUGAGGAGUGUGGACCGUGGAGGAAGGAACGGAGAGAGUAUCCUCCAGCUAUGACAAGGAUGAGUUUCAAGACGUAUAGAGAAGAAGGGAGGCUUGUGUUGGAAGAAGUUAGGGUUCCAAAGAGAGAGUUUCUUCGAGCUAGCCGUGAAGACGGUAGACUCAGGUUGAAGUUGGUUCAACCAGAGGAUGAGGAUGAAGAUGAAGACAAAGACCAAGAAGAGAAGAAAGAUGAGCCUUCGGACUAACUUUGCUGAUUAUGUGGAAGUUAAUUCCGCUAUUUCUUACUAUUAAUGGCAAUUAUGAAUGUUAAAACAUUUUUAACAUUUAAGAAGGAUUUUGUAGUUAAAUUAAGCUUUUAUAUCUAAAUCAUAACCAUUCUACAUUGGUUUGCCAGUGUCAGAAUUUUUUUUUCUAUCAAAAAUGUAGAUUUGGUUUUGUUUUAAAGAUUUUUGAAAGUCUUCUAUACUUUGGAUUUGGAAGCAAAGACAGAGGAGUCAUGUUUAUGUGACAUAGAGAGAAUAAUUUACAAAAUUUUACUAACAA